AUGGAUGUCAUUGUCAUUUUCACGGCCAAAAUGGGAAUCGCCGAGGCGCAGCUCGCGACGUCGUCGAUGCACUCAAACGGUACACACCGGUCUUCGUCAGUCGGGGUCUUGACGUAUGCGGCCGAGAUGCCACAGUACUUCGUGGACUUCCUUGUCAAGGCAACGGGGCUGUCGCUGAGCGCGACGGCAAAGUACGAGUGGCGCCAGUUUGCACUGACAGGGUCUGUCCUCGACAUUUUUUUGGCCGACAAGAAGACGCACUCGUUCCGUGCGUCCGAAGUCUCGAUCCACUUCAUGUCCGAGUGCUUUUAUCGCCUCGACGCCAAGGGCAAGCGGCAGUUGGUCCUAAAAGUGCCAUCGCGGUCCCGCUUGACCAAGUUUCAGCACGUGCUCCACCUGGCCGCGGCGACCACGACGUGGGUCCCGCCUGUCACCGACGUGCUGACGACUCUGGUCGGUGUGGCGACGGACAUUGUCGAAGCGGACGCGUCGACGCCGUCCAAACUCGCCACGUCGACCGUCACGAUCCGGGCGAUUCAAUCGCAUGUGGCCGAAAUGCAUUCCAUGUACCAGUUGCAAGCGUCGUGCUCGUCCAUGGAGGAGCUCUACGACCACUUGCUGUCCAUCGAAGCCGACUAUUGCACGAACGUCAACUCAAACAACUUUGCACACACCGUGCACAAGCUGCACCCAUUGCAAUACGUUUGUUCCAAGGGCCGCCGGGAUCUGUACCGCCAAGCGCUUCGCGACAAGUUGUCCGUGUGUCCUUACGUGUCGUGCGGCCAUCCCAUUCCCCUCAAUAUCAUGUACAAGAUCCACAUCAAGUCGGAGGCGGUGCGUUGCGUGCGGUGCAACAACGUGCUAUCUGUGGGAGCGUUCAAAAUCGCUGCGUUCAUCGCCGAGUCGCCGCAGUUUAUCAUCGACCACGAGCUCCGAAACAAUCCGCAGUGUCUCGUCGUUCAGACGCCGGGAAUGCCUGCGAACGGCAGCAUCGAGUCGUUCAUGAACGAGCUGCGGCGCCGCAUGCGUGAGGCGUCUCCGAAUGGUAGCCACGAUGCCGUCGCGACGCUCCAGGCCCAGGUCGCGACCCAAGUCAAGAAGCACCUGACCAACGAAGUCGGGGCGUUCGAGAUCGACCUCGUUCAGGCCAUGAUCCGGCAACUCGACUUUUGCAACAAAAUGUGCCCAAACAUGGAGUACUGGACCAACCCGGUCGUGCUCCACGCGUCCAUCAUUCGGUACCACAAGUUUAUGCACCUCAUGAAGAUCAAAACGAACGAACAUGCCAUGCUCGUGCCGACGUCCGACAUUGACUUGGUCUGGCACACGCACCAAAGCGACCCCGCCGCCUACGGCAACUUUUGCCGGUCUGCGAUCGGUCGCCUGGUCAACCACGAUGACACGAUCGAGGGCGGCGACCUGCGCAAGGGAUACGCCGACACGUUUGUGACGUGGUCCGAGCUAUUUGACGAACCGUACUCGUCGUUCGCGCCGAGCUACAAGUCGUGGACGACCGAAAAAAUCAACACGGCGAUCAACCACCACUUUUUGAAGAAAAAGUGGCAAAAGCACGCGCGGGUCCCGUCCCGCGACUGCCGCUUCUUUGGUGUGGAUGAAUCGUUCGCCGUGGAAGCGCUGCCGUAUGCGAUGGCCGUGGUCGUCCCCGACGAAAAAGCCGUCGUGGCGUCCAAAACGCCAAUUCCCGAAGCGCUAUCUGUCUACAUGGCGGUGAUCGGAACACCCGUCAUGGAUGGCCGCGUGCGCUUGCAGUAUUCUCGCCACAACUACCUGAUGGAGGACGGCGGCCUCGGCUACGUCUAUUACGGCGGAUGCGGCGUCAUGUUCUACGGCGGCUGCAUGGGCAUGUACGGACUUGGCAUGCACGGCUACUAUGGCGGGUGCGGUGCUGCUGGGUGUGCAGCUGGAGGCUGUGGCUCUGGUGGGUGUGGUGCCGGCUGUGGCGGUGGGUGCGGCGGCGGCUGCGGUGGUGGUUGUGGAGGUUAAACUCGCCAAAUAAUUUCCCGUGUUGGGAAUGCAUAUUCAGGGCUGCCGUUUUCUUGGUUGAGUUGCGCGAUCACAGGACUUUGAUAAGCAUGCCGCUGCUCGAACGAUACUGCACAGGAACGAAGUCAACCGAGUUCAUCUUCUAGUGCUGACGACUCCUUCACGAUCUUACCAUCGGACGACGAUCUGGACCGGGUCAGCAAUAAACGAGCCUCCAGCGGGAGAGGAAGACCAGCCCUAGAAACCAUCACUAUUGUCUUCACCAUCAAACACGCG